AUCCCAGCCAGUGAAGAAAAGCCCAAUUCUCUCUCUCUCUGUGUCUCGCAUCCUUUCAAACAGCUGCCGUUGUCGUUGCCCCUUUGCUUCUCCUCCACUCCCAAGCCCCUAUCCCGGCUCACAGUUCUAAUUCUCUAACCCUAGCGAAACAUCGAGAUCAUUCUUCCCUUCAACUCUUUCCGAGGCCCAAUAAGUUGAAUCCACCGGCGAACAUGGCGGCGACGGCGUCGUGGCAGCCUCAGGAGGAAGGGUUCAAGGAGAUCUGCGGCUUGCUCGAGCAGCAGAUUUCUCCGACUUCCGAUAAGUCCCAGAUUUGGAAGCAACUCCAGCACUACUCUCAGUUUCCCGAUUUCAAUAAUUACCUCGCCUUCAUACUCGCCCGCGCCGAGGGCAAGCCAAUGGAGGUUCGGCAGGCUGCUGGAUUGCUAUUGAAAAAUAACCUUAGAACUGCUUUUAAGUCCAUGGCUCCUCCAUAUCAGCAGUUUAUAAAAUCAGAAUUGUUGCCUUGUAUGGGAGCAUCAGAUAGGCACAUAAGAUCUACAGCUGGUACCAUUAUAAGUGCACUUGUUCAGAUAAAUGGGAUUGUUGGAUGGCCUGAACUGCUUAACACCCUUGUUAGGUUGCUGGAUAGUAAUGAAUUGAAUCACAUGGAAGGUGCCAUGGAUGCAUUGUCCAAGAUUUGUGAGGAUGUUCCCCAAGUGCUCGAUUCUGAUUUGCCUGUAUCAACUGAACGGCCAAUCAAUGUAUUCCUUCCUAGAUUCUUGCAGUUUUUUCAGUCACAGCAUGCCUCACUCAGAAAACUUGCGUUGGCCUCUGUAAAUCAAUUCAUUAUGUUGUUGCCCCAAGUUUUAUACAUGUCCAUGGAUACUUAUCUACAAGGUUUAUUCGUUCUUGCAAAUGAUCCUGUGGCAGAUAUUCGGAAGUUGGUCUGCGGGGCAUUUGUUCAGUUAAUUGAAGUUCGUCCGUCUGUCUUGGAGCCACAUCUAAGGAAUGUAAUUGAAUACAUGUUGCAAGUCAACAAAGAUCAUGAUGAUGAAGUUGCCCUUGAAGCUUGUGAAUUUUGGUCUGCAUAUUGUGAAGUUCAGUUACCACCUGAUAACCUAAGAGAAUUCUUGCCACGCCUAAUUCCAGUUCUGUUGUCAAACAUGGUUUAUGCCGAUGAUGAUGAGUCCCUUGUGGAUGCGGAGGAAGAUGGGUCAAUGCCAGAUCGAGAUCAGGAUCUGAGGCCCCGCUUUCAUUCAUCACGUUUGCAUGGAUCUGAGAAUGCAGAAGAUGAGGAUGAUGACAUAGUCAACAUUUGGAAUUUACGGAAGUGCAGUGCAGCUGCUUUGGAUAUGCUCUCAAAUGUGUUUGGUGAUGAAAUUUUACCACCAUUGAUGCCUAUAGUUCAGGCUAAGUUACCCACUAUUGAUGAUGCAGCCUGGAAAGAUAGGGAGGCUGCAGUUUUAGCUCUUGGUGCCAUAGCAGAGGGUUGCAUCAAUGGUCUUUAUCCCCAUUUACCAGAGAUUGUUUCAUUUCUUAUUCCACGUUUGGAUGAUAAGUUUCCCUUGAUACGAAGCAUCUCAUGUUGGACACUUUCUCGGUUUAGUAAGUUUAUUGUUCAGGGUAUAGGUUAUCAAGAAGGCCGUGAGCAAUUUGAUAAGGUCCUAAUGGGGCUUCUUAGAAGAAUAUUGGAUGAUAACAAGCGUGUUCAAGAGGCUGCUUGUUCAGCUUUUGCUACUCUUGAAGAGGAAGCUGCUGAAGAGUUGGCUCCACGCUUGGAAGUUAUCCUGCAGCACUUAAUGUGUGCUUUUGGAAAAUAUCAGAGGCGGAAUCUCAGAAUUGUGUAUGAUGCUAUUGGAACUCUAGCAGAUGCUGUUGGGGGAGAACUAAAUGAGCCCAAGUACCUUGAAAUUAUGAUGCCACCGUUAAUUGCGAAGUGGCAACAACUUUCAGAUUCUGAUAAAGAUCUUUUCCCACUGCUGGAGUGCUUUACAUCUAUAGCACAGGUAUUGGGUACCGGAUUUUCACAGUUUUCUCAGCCUGUGUUCCAGAGGUGCAUAAACAUUAUCCAGUCCCAACAAUUGGCAAAGGUUGAUCCAGCUUCAGCUGGGGUUCAAUAUGAUAGAGAAUUCAUGGUGUGCUCUCUGGACUUGCUCUCUGGACUUACUGAAGGUCUUGGAAGUGGCAUAGAGAGCUUGGUUUCACAAAGUAAUUUGAGGGACUUGCUUCUCCAAUGUUGCAUGGAUGAUGCUUCAGAUGUCCAACAAAGUGCCUUUGCAUUGCUUGGUGACCUUGCAAGGGUUUGUCCUAUUCAUUUGCAGCCACGUUUAUCAGAAUUUCUUGAUGUUGCCAGUAAGCAGCUGAACACUCGUAGGCUGAAGGAAACUAUUUCCGUUGCAAACAAUGCAUGUUGGGCAAUUGGAGAAUUAGCAAUUAAGGUUCGGCAAGCAGUUUCUCCAAUAGUGUUGACAGUCAUUUCAUCCUUGGUCCCAAUUCUUCAACAUGCUGAGGAGCUCAACAAGUCACUUAUAGAAAAUAGUGCCAUCACACUUGGACGACUUGCCUGGGUUUGUCCAGAACUUGUAUCUCCACAUAUGGAGCAUUUCAUGAAACCAUGGUGUAUUGCCUUAUCAAUGAUACGGGAUGAUAUUGAGAAGGAAGAUGCCUUCCGAGGUCUAUGUGCUCUGGUUAGAGCAAACCCGUCUGGGGCUUUGAGUUCACUUGUUUUCAUGUGCAAAGCUAUUGCAAGUUGGCAUGAAAUAAGGAGUGAGGAUCUACACAAAGAAGUUUGCCAGGUGUUGCACGGUUAUAAACAGAUGCUAGAUGGAGCGUGGGACAAGUGCAUGUCUGCUUUGGAGCCCCCAGUGAAGGACAAGUUAUCAAAAUAUCAGCUCUGAAAGAAGAUUUCUUGGAGUCGCCCCCUACGCUGGCAUGCUGUCUCCACCAUGCUACCUCAGAGCUGAAUACCUGCUUUGUAUUGUUGUCAUUCCGUGCAUUGUCCAAUUAUAUAUAGAGGAGCUGUCUCAUUCGAGCUUGGAAGACCGAAGGGCUGUCGGCAUUUUCACUAGCACGACAGGGGUCAGAUUGCUUCCUAGUUUUUAUUGAAGCUUGAAGCCUGAUUUUUUGUAGCCUUCGAGGCUGUCCAUGGAUUAGGUGUCAUAGUGGCAAUGGGUUUGGAAGUUAAAGCAGAAGUUGAUGGUUUGGAUUUAGGUAUGGUGUACAGGGUUGUGGUUUCAAAGGGUAUUCUUUUUCCCCUUCUCCAGGUUUUAAAUCUAAGGACAGGGUCAACUAUUAUUAUCUCAUUCCAAUCAAGCCCUAGAUUUAUAUAUAUAUUUAUAUUUGUCUUUGCUGGGUCAGUGUUGUCUGUGAUUUUCCACAGAUUUUGUUUCGAGGAUUGAAAUAUUGAUUGUUAUUAGAUUUU